UGACAUCUUUGGGUUGCUGAAACCACUCGUUGAUACCCCGUUCAUCUCGUUCUUCUGCAAAUAUACGUACCCAUGGCGAACUAUUAUCCCGGUGGAGGUCCCCCUCCUGGCCAGUACAAUGCCCCUCCUCAGGGAGGACAACCAGGAUACUAUGGACAACAACCAUCACAGGCAGGCUACCCUCCUCAGGGCUAUCCUCCCGCUGGCUAUCCUCCUGCGGACCAGUACGCGCAGGGCCAGUAUGGACAGCAACCCCCACCACAGCAAGGCUAUUAUCCACCCGCGCAACAAAAUGCACCCCAGUAUGGCUCUCCCGCUCCGGGGCCCGCCGGACCUCAUGGGCAGGGAGUUGAUACCCGCGGCGACCAAGGUUACGGUGCGUACCCUCCGCAGCAGCACGGUGGAGAGAGUACUGGCUACUAUGGAAAUCAGCCUCCACCGGCAUACAGCGCACCCGGUGGUCCUGGAGGACCCGCUGACGGCGAGAGGGGCCUGGGCUCAACCCUGUUGGGCGGUGCCGCUGGCGGAUUUGUCGGCCAUAAGCUCCAGGGUGGCAUGCUGGGGACGUUAGGAGGAGCUGUUGUCGGUGCAGUUGGCGCAAAUGCUGCGUCUCAUGCGGUUAAGAAGUAA